AUGUCCAAGAAGAUUAGUAAUCUUGAAGCUCUUUCCUGGAGAGUGGCGGACGAUAGUGGGCUGACAGCUCGACUGGCUCCAUUUCUUACUCGUGUCUUGCGGGAUGAUAAUGGUCUUGAGCUUUUCAUCUAUCACUGUUGGCAAAGGGUUAUUGGGUGUUGGGAGGGGGCUUAUGUCUCUAGGACAACCGAGGAGAGCGUCGUCUGUUCUCCUAUCUAUCGGUUGAUUCACUGUUUGGUAUCUUCCAUCAUUUUUCAAAGACAAGAGUGUGACAAGGUUCCCUCGGGAAACCUUUUCUACAUGUGGUGCCUCAUUAAGACAGAGGAUCUGCAUUGGGCAUUGGGUUUCUAGGUUGACCUUAUCCUAUGAGGUUGAAACUAGUGGGAUGAUCCCCAUGCCUAUCUGGGAGCUGAAUACUAUCGCUCUCAGGUAGAUGCGGGUAUUGGUUCGGGAGGUAGGGUAGCCGUGGAGGAUUCCAGAGGACAACAUCGUGGAGCCGAUUCAGAUAGUUGAGGUAGAGGAUACCCUUACGUCUGCCUUCAUGAGACUUUAGAGGCAUAUGUAUGUUGAGUCUGGUCCGUUGUAGCCGACUCGAUGUUACAUGAUGCAAUAUACGACUACUGCACAUGAGGAGUAUUGUUGUAUUAUAGCUUCAGUCUCUGCAGUGGUGCGAUAUUAAGGGAUAGACCAUCCACAUUUUCCUAGGGUAGGUCCUUUUGUUCCACCCCUUCUCCUCCACAGAGCAUCAGUCAUGAUGGUGCUGGUCUUUCAUGCACUUACCCCAGAGAUACCGAUGAUGAUGGUGAUGAGGAUAGUGGACGAGGAGGCUGAGUACAAGAGCAUCAAUGAGUAGGUUGAGGUUUUUGUGUUUGAUGCUUUGUAUUUUUGAUACAUUUUAUGAUGUAUUCUGAUACACUUUAUGUACAUUGUUUGUAUUUGCAUGUAUCAUUUCUAUUUUAUCAUAUAUCUAUCCCCG